AUCACCGAACUUAAUCUCUUCGCUUUGACCGUUUUGCCACUUGUCGUUUUGCACGCAUCCUCUCGUCGCUCUAGCUGCCUGUAGCACUCCCAAGCCGCCCCCUCCUGUAUCAGGUUCAGACUACGGUACAUCCCCCAUCACGGGUGCAAAACUUUUGAAGCCAAGGUACCCCUUGGGUGUGCUACAGGAGCCUAUUCUUUCACGUCCGCCGCUCAUGCAUGCAUAUGCCUUUCGGAGGACCAGAGCCAGGUUCCCCUCUGACUUGGAAGGGCAGCCCGGAGGACCAGACCAGAGCCAUGGCAGCACGAGCACGAGAAGGGGAGUGCCGCCUGUUGCGCCCUUGCUCCUCAGAGUCCGGGGAUGGCUUCUCACCAAGGGCCUAGCAAGGGUGGCAGCGAUGGACCAGAGCCGUGGCAGCUGGAGCAGAGGACAGCACGGACGGAUGACCCUCUGGUGCACGGAUGGACCUUUGGUGCUCUACUCCUUGUGGCAGCACGAGCUGAGCAGCGCGAGGAAAGGCAGAGGCACGAGGAGGGGGGAACCACCUGCUGAACCGUCGUGCCCCACUCCGCCUGUCAAGCCCCUUCAAGAAACUAAGAAGCCACUCACCCCACCGGCUGCAAGAAGCUAAGUACCUCGCCCUGCCGCCACUCACCCUGCUCUUGCAAUUUCCCCGUUUUCAGCAUGCAUGUGGUACCGUCCGUCUCGUUGCAUCUCUCGCCACUCGACUCGAGCUGCCUGUAGCACACGCAAAGCCCCCCCUGGAUCAGGUUCAGACUAAGGUAUCCCCCCACCCACUGCUGGUGCAAAACUUUUUUAGACAAGGUACCCCGUUCGGUGUGCUACAGCAGCCUUCGCUUCGUUCCCGCCUCUCAUCCGUGCAUGUCUCUCUUUCGCACCUCCCUUGCUCGCUCAUCUGCAUCCAAACUCGCUUAUUCUCUCCCCCCCCCCCCCUCUCCCUCCUUUACCUCUCCUCUUCCGCUCCCGCUCCCCGCCCGCCUCUGGUGCAGAGGACUGACUGCCUUGGCCUGCGGUGAGGAGCACCCCGUGUGCUCCUCUGCGCCAAUCCGCUCCGUCUAUCUCCAAUGAAAAGAUAAGUCACCUACCCUACUCCUUCGCCUCUGACCGUUUUGCACCUUGCCGUUUCGCCUGCAUGUGCCUGGUGCAUUCAUCGUCGCCCUUGCUGCCUAUAGCACACCCAAGCCCCCCCCCCCUGUAUCGGGUUCAGACUAAAGGUACAGGUAUCCCCCCAUUACGGGUGCAAAACUUUCAAAGCCAAGGUAUCCCCCUUGGGUGUGCUACAGCAGCUUUGCUCGUGCAUGCUUGCCUGCCUUGACUGCAGUUCCGCCCUCUCUGCAUCUGCAUCCGCUGCUACCAACCACUCACUCCCACCCCGGUACACCCACCCCUCCCUCCUCCUUCCCACUCCCCGCAGCAGGUACCAGGACUCGCCUCACGGACUGUCCCUUCGGGUCUGCUGCUGCUGCUGGAGCUGGGGCUGCCGCUGGUGCCGCUGGUGCUGCUGUGACUGCCAAGGCGGAGGUCUGGGCGAGCUGGCUGUUUGCCAAGGUCCCCCUCCCCGGUCCUCCCAGCUGGUACCGAGACUCGCCUCACUGGCCCUCCCUCCUUCCGGAUUGCUGCUGCUGGGCUGCUGCUGCUGGGGCUGGUGCUGUCAAGGCGGAGUGUGGGGCUGGCUGGCUGUUGCCAAGGUCCCCCUUCCCGCUCCUCCUAGCUGGUUCCAGUACCCGCCUCACUGGCUCUUCCUUCCAGACUGCUGCUGCUGGUCUGCCGCUGGGCCGCAACGCUGCUGGGGCUGCCGCUGCUGCUGGUGGUUUCAAGGCGGAGCCUGGGGCUGGCUGACGAUUGCCGAGGUGAUGGAAGCGAGCCUCGGUUGGUGGUGGUGGUAAGUGACAAUGGAGUGGUGGCGGGGAGUGGUGCGGAGUGGUGGAAAGUGGUGGUGGUGGUGAGCAGUGGGGUUGGGGGUUGAUCUCAAGCUUGGGCCCAAUACCCGCACGUUUAAGGCUUAAUGGACGAGCACCAGACCCUGCGGCCGGGGUGUUCUGGUGUGAGUGUCCCCUCUAGCCACGUCGGUGAGGGGCUCAGGUCUUGGGGUUGGCCCUCAGCCCCACUGCUGGUGGUGGUGGAGAGUGGUGGAGAGUGGUGGUGGCAAAGCAAGGAAGAGGGUUGAAACCCUCAGAGUAAGGCUGUUGAGGGGCAGGGGGGGGAAGGGGGUUGGAACCCCCAGGUUGAUGCAAGCAAAGGGCAGGGGAACCCCCCUCCGCUGCCUUUUUCUUGCUUGAACCUGGGGGUUUCAACCCCCUCUCCUGCCUCUCAACCGCCUUAUUUUGAGGGCUUCAAUCCGUUUCCAUGCCUUGCUCUCACCCUACUCGGGGGAUUUCGACCCCUCCCCUCCCUCUGUCAAGCCAAACUGAUGGUGGUGGAAAGUGAUGGUAGUGUUGGAUGUGCAAAGGGGGAGUGGUGGUGGUGGGAAGUUGUGCUGGUGGUGAGGGGUGCUAGUGACCUGCUAUGACAUAGUGUGAUGUUGAUGGCAGUGCUAGCUGGAUAGCAAUAGGUUGGCUGCAGGAUGGAAGGCUAGUUUGAAGAAAGUCUUGUAAUUUUACUCGUGCAUAAUUUUCUUCACCUCGAAAUGUAUAUCAUCAAUCUUAUGGAAUGUUGCAUGAGCUGGUGGACUUGCUUGGACAGUGUACAGCGUGCUAAUUGCUGGGAUGCUGGACCGUUCCAACAUCAUGAAGUGGAUUGAGAUAUGGUUGUAUAUCUACACCUCCUGUCACGUGGUUUUUGUUGGGCUGAAAAAAGGCCUUAGGAUCUU